CCACAAGCUUGUACUUGCCCUGUAGCUAGCUAGCGAGUCUAUAAAUUUGAGCUUCUUACAGCCCAAUCUUGGGACAGACCAGAUCUCAUCAUAGCUGGCAAAAACGAAAAUGAGGCUCAUUACAGUUCUCUUGCUGUUGUUGCUGGUGUCUGUAGGAUCGUCUGCUGCAUCCAGCAGGUGGAGGAAAAGGGUUCACGAACCGUGCAAGAGACUGGUCUUCUACUUUCACGACGUCCUGUACAAUGGUCACAACUCCAAGAAUGCUACUUCCGCCAUUGUCGGUGCUCCAAGCUGGGGCAACACCACCAUUUUGGCCGGUCAAAGCCAUUUUGGUGACUUGGUCGUGUUCGACGAUCCUAUUACCAUGGACAACAAUUUCCACUCGCCCCCAGUUGGUCGAGCUCAGGGAUUUUACUUGUAUGACAAGAAGGAUAUCUUCACGGCUUGGCUUGGGUUCUCGUUCGUGUUCAACUCAACACAGCACAAGGGAAGCAUCAACUUCGCCGGAGCUGAUCCGUUGAUGAACAAGACCAGAGAUAUAUCGGUGAUAGGUGGUACUGGUGACUUCUUCAUGACCAGGGGUGUGGCUACUCUCACGACUGAUGCUUUUGAGGGUGAAGUCUAUUUCAGGCUUUGCGUGGAUAUUAAGUUGUAUGAAUGUUGGUAAUUAUCAUUGCUUAGUUCAGAUCAAGUCUCUGUGUGGUCCAUCUCUUGAAUAACUUUUGUUUUUGCUUCUCUGAUCGGUAGCUGCUUGCUGCUAGUUCUUUCUUUUCUGUUUAUCCACAUUACAUUAUCGGAAAAUGGUAUCUCACAGUGGGGCAAGUCGAACCAACUGAUGAUGCCUCAAGGCCUGGUUCAUGACUUAGCUUUCAGAUUAAUUACAUCGUUUGUUUUUUUCUUGUAAUUCAAAAUCUGAUGAUAAGCCUGCAAGGAAUAAGUUGUUUCGUGAA